AUGAAAAGGCUUGGAGAGAAAGGGAACGUCUUCGAAGACGACAAGAGGACGCUGCACGGGGAGGAGGUCGUGGGACAAGGGAACGUAAUGAACGUUCAAAAUCACCACCUCCCCGCCAAAACAUGUCAUCCGGCGGAUAUGGUGGGCGUGGGCCUCCAUCACGCCGUGAUCGAUCUCUACCUCGUAGGGUUCGUUCUCCCUCGCGUUCGCGCUCCAUCUCUCCACCACCAAAAACUCGCAGACGUUCACCAAGCUCUCCACGGAGACGAGGAGCAAGCCCCAGUAAUCGAGGUAGAACUCGAACUCGUUCACCUCCAAGUGAAAGAUCCAAGUCUCGAAGUCCCAGAGAUCGGAAUCGACGUGACACCAGUAUGUCCGAUUCUUACUCUAGGUCUAGAAGGCGAGGAACUGGAAGGCAUAGCCCUCCAAAAAGAGGUACCAAUCGGGGCGGUAUGGGAAGGAAAGACUUCAACAGGAGGUCAAGAUCACCACCUGCACGUCAAUCUGGUAAAAGGAGCGUAUUGUCAUCCAGAUCUCGGUCAAGGUCGGUUGAUAGGCGACACGGAGGAGGCCGGCCUGAUAGUAGGGAGAGACGGGGGGCAAGAAAAUUCGACGAAAAUACUCGAAUGCGCUCUAGAAGUCCUCCUACCAAAAGAUCCGGCUCUGCUCGAAGCGCUUCAUCUGCAAAAUCAGAGGGUUCAGUGGCAAUGGACGAAUCCGAUUAAGAUCUACCAGCUCUCAGCUCUUAUAUUCUCACGUCAUAUGCAUUUCAUUGUUUGGGCCAAACAUUUCUUUGCACCAUCGCCCGACGCGUCUGUAAAGACCUCCCCUAAUAUUCGUCCUCAAAAAUGGCCACUUUCUCGUCGUCGCCAAUCAUCAUCGACGGCAAGGGCCACUUGCUGGGCCGUCUUGCAACUUCUUCCGCAACAAGGUAAGCUCCUCUACCCGUUGCAUUCUACCAUCUGUUCAAGGUCGCUAACAACGGUUUUAUCCUUCUUGAUGUACUUGGUUUGGGAUUACACUGACUUUGCACCUUCCAAGAUCCUUUACCGAGCCGUGCGUGGCAUGGUUCCCCACAAGACAGCACGAGGUGCUGCAGCUUUGGAACGCCUCAAGCUCUUUGAGGGAAUUCCACCUCCCUAUGACCGCAAAAAGCGAAUGGUAGUCCCCGAGGCUCUUCGCGUCUUACGGCUCAAACCCGGAAGGAAAUACUGCACUGUCAAGCGACUGUCACAUGAAGUUGGAUGGGGCUACAAAGAUGUUGUUGAUCGUCUUGAAGAGAAACGCAAAGUUAAAGCUGCUGCCUUCUAUGACCGAAAGCUUGCCGCUGCUAAGCUCAGACAAAAGGCACAUGCGGACCAGGCUUCUUCAUAUGCAGAGUUGGCUACGCUGGGCUAUUGA